CUUAAAUAACGAAUAGCUAAAAGUGAUACCUUACUAAUGUUUUCUUAACCAAAGAGGGUUGUGUGGUUUUGCAUUCUUAUGUUUUUUGCUACUACUUGGCUGGAAUAGAACAAUGUGAAUUGUAUACUGACAAUUGAAAACAGUGUGAGAUUAAUUUUUAAAAGCAAUUAAUAGUAAUAGUUAUAAAUGAGAACGCAUUAUAUUUUUACAUUGGUAAUUAACAUACUGAACGUGGAAUCUUUGCCUCCAAUUAUAAGAAUUGGAGCAAUUUUCUCAAAAAGUGAAGUGAAUAGUUCCACGGAAUUAGCUUUCAAGUAUGCUGUACACACUAUAAAUCGAAAUAAGGGCAUGUUACCAGAUACCACUUUAAUGUAUGAUAUUCAAUAUGUUGAUGAGACGGAUUCUUUUCAUGCAUGCAAAAAAGUAUGUAAUCAAAUCAAAACUGGUGUUCACGCGAUACUUGGGCCAUCAAAUGGUUUGUUAAGCUGUCACAUCAAUUCAAUAUGCGAUGCAUUGGAUAUACCACAUAUUGAAAUUAGAGCAGAUGCCAAACACACUGCCAGAGAAUUUUCAAUUAAUCUACAUCCAUUUCAAGAUAUCAUUAACGACGCGUUUUUGGAUAUUAUACAUUAUUUAAAUUGGACGAAAGUAGCUAUUUUGCAUGAAAACCAACAUGGUUUAGUGCAAAUGCGACGAUUAAUGCAGACUUCAUUAGAGGUGCAUGUGCGUUACGUUAAUCCAUUAACUUACGUACAGUAUUUAAACGAAAUGAAAAAUAUGGAAAUGCAUAAUUUAAUUCUUGACACAAAAACUGAUAACGUUCACAUUAUAUUGAAGACGAUCUUAAAAUUACAAAUGAAUGAAUACAAAUAUCAUUACUUUAUCACUAGUUUUGAUAUUGAGAAGUUCGAUUUGGAAGAUUUUAAGUACAAUUUUGUGAACAUAACAUCAUUUUGUUUAGUUGAUGUUAACGAUGUUGGAGUAAAAAAGACUCUAAAGGAGUUGGAAAUUUAUAAGAACUUACAAAAAUCAAACAAAGAAGGUUUACAGUUUUUUAGAAAAUUACAUACGAUCGAGACUAUUCCGGCUUUAAUUUACGACUCAGUACACAUUUUUGUAAUUGGGUUGCAAAGCCUCCAACAAUCGCAUUUUUUACGUGUUGCUAACGUUUCAUGUGAAUCACGUCACACUUGGAAGGGUGGAUUAAGUUUAAUAAAUUACAUAAACUCGUGUUUAUUCUGUAUGUCGCUGCCUCUCGUUGAAGGGGAACGAGUAAGAGAAUGUGGUAUUCUGCAAAGGAGGAGAAGGAAAUAGGACCUUUUUGAUACACAUAGUAAGUCGCCAAUGAUCACAAAGGAAAGAUUUGGCAGGAACGAGUGUAAAUCGUUAAGGAACACCGGUCGGUUACAACUCCUAUCAAUUAGUUGCUUAGAAAGUUCGACAUAAAUUGAACGAAAUUGAUGUCAGCACCAAAUUCAGUUAGCUUGGAUCAUGGUAUUCCCUGUCAAACGCCUUGGAAAUAUCUAGCGAAACGACCUUGCUUUCGAGGGGGAAACGAACAGCGCUGUGCCAAUUCACGGUAUUUAUUUAUUUGUUUAUUUA